UUGUAAACUCCCAUCUACAUUUUUUUCACACACCGCUCCAAAACCCCAUUACUCCCGCACUUGAAGAGUUUAGUUUUCAUUGUACCGCCAUGGAUGGAGCUUCGACUAUUGAGGAGGUCGAAGCAGUAGAAACACCAAUAGUAAUCUCAAAUCCAGUAGUUAAUGUUGUUCUAACUCCAGAAGAACUCAUAGCAAAAUCAAUAGCUCCAGUGAAAAAAGAGUUUUUAUGUCCUCCUCAACAUACCAGACCUUGCCCUAAUGUUAAAGAUGGAGAUGGGGUUUCUUCAGAAACUAAUAAAUCCGAUGGUUAUCAUUCUAAGUAUUCUAAGAAUACGAAAUCCAAGAGACAAUUAAAGAGAGAACGUCAAGAGGAGAAAAAAACUGGUAUAUGUCCAAAGGUUGCAAAAACUGGGUGUGUUAGCUCAUGUACUUAUGGAGCUAAAUGCCGUUUCAGCCACGACGUUGAAGUUUAUAAGGCUCAGAAACCUGUGGAUUUAGAGGGCAAUUGUCCAUUUCUCAGUCUUGAAGGGCCAUGUCCUUAUGGAUUAGCUUGUCGAUACUCGGGUACUCAUAAAGAUGAGAAUGCUAUGGAGAUUGUCGGUAUGGGGAAUGAAAGAUAUGAAACGAAUGAGCUAAAGAAAGAUGUGCAGAAGCUUUUGUGGAAGAAUGUUAUGACUUUCCCUAAGGCUGAUGCUCAACUCAAAGCUCUUGGAAUCUUUGACAAUUAUAAGUUGAAAAAGGGGGAAGUUAAAGGAGAGGGAGGAGAGGUGGAAAAGGUGGAAGUUGAAGGGGAGGUUGACAUGGUGGAAGCUGAUCAAGGUAUUGUAAACGGGUCUAGCACUGCUUUUGAAAAUGACGCUGGUGAAAAUGGGGCAUCCACUAAUAAGACAGAGUGCACUGAGGAGGUGGAAGCUGAUCAAGAUAUUGUAAACGGGUCUAGCACUGCUUUUGAAAAUGAUGCUGGCGAAAAUGGGGCGUCCAUUAAUAAGACAGAGUGCACCGAGAAGGUGAAGCUGGAAGAGGGGAAUGUAGAGAUUGCUCUUUCAACCGAUGACCCUCGACCCAUCAAGAUGGCAAAACAUUCUAGCGAAGAAUCUUGCCCUGGUGAUAUGGAUAAUGGCACAGGUUCCUUGGAAAAUGAUCUUGUGAUGCGUACUGAAGUAGAAGCUUCCCAAACAGAUGAUAUCUCCUCAGAGGCUGAUGCUUGCCUGAAAUUACACCCCCGUGAAAAGAAGCUUAUAGAUUUUAGUGGAAAGCUUUAUCUUGCACCUCUGACCACUGUUGGAAAUCUUCCGUUUAGAAGGGUAUGCAAGAAUUUAGGAGCUGAUAUAACUUGUGGGGAAAUGGCUAUGUGUACAAAUCUCUUGCAGGGACAAGCUUCAGAAUGGGCACUGCUGCGGCGACAUUCAUCCGAGGAUCUGUUUGGUGUACAAAUAUGCGGAUCUUUUCCAGACACUAUAGCACGCACAGUGGAACUGAUAGACCGUGAAUGCACGGUUGAUUUCAUUGAUAUAAAUAUGGGUUGCCCAAUUGAUCUUGUUGUGAAUAAAGGUGCUGGUUCGUGUCUUCUUACUAAACCUGUGAGGAUGAAGGGCAUUAUAAAGGCAGCUUCUGCCACUGUGGAUACACCUAUAACCAUGAAGGUGCGAACAGCAUAUUUUGAAGGGAAAAAUAGAAUUGAUUCAUUAAUUUCAGAUAUUGGGAGUUGGGGAGCAACUGCUCUAACUAUACAUGGUCGAUCACGCCAGCAACGGUACAGCAAAGCUGCUGAUUGGGAUUACAUAUACCAGUGUGCUAGAAAGGCUCCAGAUUCGUUGCAAGUCCUUGGAAAUGGAGAUGUUUUUUCAUAUGUGGAUUGGAAUAAGCACUUAUCUGACUGCCCUAAGAUUUCAGCUUGCAUGAUUGCUCGAGGAUCACUAGUCAAGCCUUGGUUAUUUACUGAAAUCAAAGAACAAAGGCACUGGGACAUCAGCUCCAGUGAAAGAUUGGAUAUUUACAAGGAUUACGUCCGUUGUGGUCUCCAACACUGGGGUUCUGAUACCAAAGGAGUGGAGACAACUAGGUAUUUCCUGCUGGAAUGGCUCAGCUAUCUGUAUAGAUAUAUCCCCGUGGGUCUAUUAGAUGUUGUCCCUUCAAAGCUGAACUGGCGUUCACCAAGCUUCUAUGGUCGUGAUGAUCUCGAGACACUAAUGGCUUCUGAGUCUGCUGCUGACUGGAUAAGGAUCUCUGAGAUGUUGCUCGGCAAAGUUCCAGCCGGCUUCCAUUUUGCACCAAAACACAAAUCCAACGCGUAUGACAAAGCAGAAAACGGUUAAUUUUUUUUAAUUGUAUUGGUCCUCACAUAUGGGGGAGUCAUGGUGAUGGAAUGUUUUCCCAUGCAACUCUUAUACAUGGUUGCAUAAAUUAAUCCAGAUAUCAGAUAGAAACAUCUUAUUUUUCAUCCAUCAUCAAA